GUCAAACUUUUGCACCAUCAUUGAAGAUUCGUUUUUCCUAACUACUUUACAGACUCACACAGCCUACUUAUCUUUUCUACCACGUCGUCGCUCUCCUUCAUUCCAUUCAGCCAUGGCUUCAACGACCUCAACAAAAGUCGUUCACGAUUUCCACCCCUUCUUCCGCAUCUACGACGACGGCCGCGUCGAGAGAGUCUAUACCUACGUCUCAGUCCCCGCCUCCGACAUGGGUCUUUGGCCGCAGGCUAGGUCUCUGCGGCACCAGCACGGCCUCCUGUUGCAUACCCAGGCGGAAAUGGAAGGGUCUUGGCUGCUGCUGCCGGUCUCUAAGGGGCAGCAGCAUAUGAAGGUGCCGCCCGCCUUCACAGUCGAGUCCGCAUCCUCCACCACCUACGACAAUUACCUCCACUCCCUGACGGCGAAAGCAAACGUCAUCAGCGUCUCGAUCGAUUACAGGCUCGCUCCGGAGCAUAGGUUCCCCGCCUGCUACGACGAUUGCUGGGCCGCAAUCCAGUGGGUCGCGCAGGGAUCCGACCCGUGGCUGAAAUCCCACGCGGAUCUUGACCGGGUCUUCUUCGCCGGCGACAGCGCAGGGGGGAACAUCGCGCACAACAUGAUGGCGAGAGCGAGCGGCGAAGACUGCCUGAAGCCGGCGGGGAUGGUCUUGGCGCACCCGUAUUUCGGAAACGGGAAACCCGACAAGCUGUUGGAGUUCAUAUACCCGGAAUCGUCGGGCGUGGACGACCCGAAGCAUUGCCUGGCGGCAUCCCCGGGGAUUCUUUCCGGGAUGGCGUGCUCGAGAGUGAUGGUGAUCCUGUCGGAGAAGGAUUUCAUCAGAGAGGGAGGAGUGAAGUACUGCGAGGCGCUGAAGAAGAGCGGAUGGGGAGGAGAUCUGGAGCUCCUGGAUGUGGAAGGGGAAGAACACGUUUUCCAUUUGCAGAAACCGGAUUGUGAGAAAGCGGGUCACGUCAUGGAUCGGGUCGUCGCGUUCCUCAAUCGCGCCUGAAAUCUUCCAAAAGCCAUUUUGUGUGAUGUGUACUCAUAUAAUGUUUGGAAUAAAAUGUUUGGAAUAAGAGGGGGUGAUUUGUGUACACUAAAGUGGUUUAUAAAUUAAUAUUGAUGUCAAGUAUGCUAUCUUAUAGACAAAAAACUUGUGUGCCUAUUGGAGUAUUCAUUUGAAACUUACAAAUUUUUAUUCUAACAAAACAUAAACAUAAGGACAUUGU